AUGCGGCAAACUCUAGAUACCGAUCUCGAACAAUACCGGGUUUCCUCUGAGAAUGGGUUCCUUCCCGAUGCUCUUCCUCUGCGGAAGAUGCCAGACCCUUACUACUCGCCAUGGGAAGACGCAGUCCAUGAUUUGCCAGAACGCAUCCAAUCGGGGAGUAUAAGGCAGACAGUCGACAAUCUCCCUAUUCUCUCAACUUCGAAGCUACAAGGAGAGCCAGAAUGGAGAAGAGCCUAUGUUAUCCUGGCAUAUCUCACUCACGCCUAUAUCUGGGGAGGCGAAAAGCCGAAAGAUAUACUACCGCCAUCCAUUUCAUGUCCGUUUCUCGAGAUUUCGUCAUAUUUGGAACUUCCACCAUGUGCUACGUACAUUGCCCUUAGUCUUUGGAAUUAUAACAUCCAGUCCCGCGACCCAGAUAUCACCGACCCAGACAGUCUGACGGUGAACACCUCCUUCACGGGAACCAAGGAUGAGGAAUGGUUUUUUAUGGUCUCCGUUGCAAUUGAAGCAAGAGGGGCAAAGCUGAUUCCCCUCAUGCUUCAAGCAAUUCAUGCUUCCAAUAUCAACAAUGCUAAAGGUGUGAUAACCGCUCUCAAUCAACUUAGCGAUGGUCUCCAUGAACUUGGUCGGAUUCUGGAGCGGAUGUACGAAAAGUGCAAGCCAUCAGCUUUCUUUCACCAAAUUCGCCCUUUCCUCGCCGGGAGCAAAAAUAUGGCCACGGCUGGAUUACCAAACGGGGUUUUCUACGACCAAGGAGAAGGGAAGGGUAAAUGGCAUCAAUACAGUGGGGGCAGCAAUGCGCAAAGCUCUUUGAUUCAAACAUUUGAUAUCUUUCUGGGGGUAGAGCACUCGGCCACAGGGGAGACCAAGCCCAACAGCAGUUCUCAGUCGCAAGGCAAAACUGGAUACAUACAGGAUAUGCGAAAUUACAUGCCAGGCCCCCAUCGACGGUUCCUAGAAAUGCUGACCCGGCUAUCCAAUGUUCGUUCGUAUGCAAUGAGCCACAAAUCGGAUUCAUCCGUGAGAGAUGCAUACAAUGGGGCAAUCAUGGCGUUGGGGCAGUUCCGAGACAAGCACAUUCAGUUGGUAUCACGAUACAUUAUCAUGGCCGCGAGAACUCAACCCUCGAACCACCUACCCGGGAAACUCAAUCUGGCUACCGCUACAUCUCAGAUGAAGGGCCUGAGCGAGAAGAGUAAGAAAGGAGUCUGUGGUACGGGGGGGACGGACCUGAUACCGUUCCUGAAGCAGACUCGAGAUACGACCAAGGCUGCAGCCAGUUAUGCAGACUGA